AAUUUAAUUUAAAAAAUGUUGCUUUCUACUGUUUUGUUGUGUAUAGACGGUGAAUUUAAGGACAUCUUUGAAAUAAACAAAGAUUUAAACCUUUACCAAGGAGAUAUCAUGGUGGUGGACAAGCCGCUUACAAAGAAUGCAAUUCUGGGUAACAAGUACCGGUGGAAUGGGUACAUUCCCUAUGUGCUGAAUAACAGCCUGAGCAUAAACGACAAAGGAGUUAUUUUAAGAGCUUUCGAGCAGCUGAGACUGAAAGGAUGCAUCGACUUUAAGCCGCGGACAACAGAAACCGACUACGUCUCUGUGGAAGCACAAACCGGGUGCUGGUCGUAUAUCGGGAGGAACGGUGGGAAGCAGCAGCUCUCUAUUGGAAUUGGAUGUGGGUAUGUUGGUAUUGUGGAGCACGAGUUUCUUCACUGUCUGGGCUUCUUCCACGAACAGAGCCGAUAUGAUCGAGACGACUACGUGACAAUCCAUUAUGAAAACAUCCCUGAAGAAAGAAGAAACAACUUUGACAAAGUAAGCGAGGAUGAAAGCACCGUGCAGGGAACUCCCUAUAACUACAUGUCUCUGAUGCACUAUGGACAAUACGAAUUCAGCAAUACAAGUAAACCCACCAUCACUGCUAAAGACGCCAAGUUCCAAACCUUCAUUGGUCAGCGCUAUGACCUGAGCCCUUUGGAUGCAGUCGAACUCUACAACCUUUAUAAAUGCAAUGAAUCCAUCUCCUUUCUGGACCGCUGUAGCUUCAAAGACGGCACCUGCCAGAUGGCUAACUGCUCUUCUGCUAAUGUUAGUAACUGGGAGAUUGUGAGCAACGUUUCUGGAGGUCCAUCUAGUGAUCAUACCAACCUGCCGCCCAGGGAUAAUCUUACUCUGUACAUAAACAACAUUUCCUCAGAGCCGCCGUUCUUCAUGCACUUCAGCACGAAGACUGGACAGCCUGGAGACUCGGGUCGACUGGAGAGCAGAGAGAUGACCCCCCGCAGAUCCUGCAAUGUCCAGUGCCUGGAGUUCUUCUACUAUCACAGUGGAAAUGAGACCGACCAGCUCAACAUCUGGAUCCGAGAGUACCAGAGUGCUUAUGAUACUGUAGGAACCCUCAGGCUUAGGGACCAGAUUACAGGAUCUCCCACUGAUCACUGGCAGUUCCGCCUCGUGCCACUGGACGCGAGUAAGACGUUCCAGGUGGAAUUUGAGGCACGGAAAGGGAACGGAUAUUCCAGAGGAGGUUUCUCUGUGGAUGAUAUCAACCUGUCGGAGACAGAGUGUCCUCAUAGCAUAUGGCAGAUCAACAACUUCAUGGAGACCUUGAAAGAACACAUUUUUGUGUACAGCCCACUGUUUUACUCACCCGAAGGCUAUCGCUUUUAUCUAGUGCUGCUUCUGAAUUCUAAUACCUUGGAAAUUCGUAUAAAUUUGGUGUCUGGUAUCUAUGAUGACCGUUUGCAGUGGCCUUGCCCAUGGAGACAAGUGACUUUCACCUUGCUGGACCAGAACCCCGAUAUCAGAAACCGUGCAUCGAAACAAAGAAGCUUUACAACGGACCCCAAUCUGGUCAUUGGAGGUAAGCUGGUGUGGGGCCGGCCGAGUGAAGUCGGAACUCAACAAAUAAUCUAUGGCGAGACUGUGAAUGUUACUACACCAAUGGGUUAUGCCAUCAUUGAUUCAACACAUUUGGGUGACAUGCAGUUUAUCAAAGGUGGAGACCUCAUCGUUCUCAUCAGCAUGACAGAUAUCUCACCCCUGCUUCAGAAUGACACCUUGCCCUGCCCCACAGUUCCAGUGAAGAACAUCAGUGUCUCUCUGGGUGCUCAAAUUCAACCCUGCGUGACGAGGAGUCUUCCCACUAGUACUCCAGCCACGAGCACCACUACGCCUUCAAACGCAAACACAUUGGGUGCUGAUAUUGUGCAUCCUUCAGUUGCCCUCCUGCUGGCACUGGUUCUAAUGCUAGUGAACUAGCAGCUAAAUCAUCUAUAUUACCCUGCGCUGGUGCUAAUAGCUAACACAAACGCUGUUAUUAAUAUUACUAAAACUGCUGUUGUUCUAAAAUAUAUAUAUAUAUUUCUAAAUAUCUAAAUAUUUUGGGCGUGGCAUCUAUACUAUACAGUUCUGAUUUAAUGAUUAUAUCUAAUCAAAUAAUCCAGCUGAACAUAAUACAGGGUUCCUGCGGGUCCUUAAAAAGUCAUAAAAGGUCUUAAAUUAAAUAAAAAGGUCUUAAAUUUACUGUAAAUUUGCUGUAGGUAUUCCAUUUAAUGCCGGUGGGAAAGCACAUACUAACAUUAGCAGCGAGUAACUAGGGAGAGAGCUAAGGUUAGCUAAGAGCUAGCUAACAUUAGCUGCGCGCUAGCUAACGUCACCAGGGAGAGAGCUAUGGUUAGCAGAGUUAACAUUAGUGGCGAGCUAGCUAACCUACUAACGUUAGCGGCAAGUUAGCUGUGUUACCGGGGAGAACCGAGGGUUAGCAGAGAGCUAGCUAACAUUAGCGCUGAGUUAGCUAACAUGCUAAGAUGUUCUACAGCACAAUGGAACAAAAAUGAUAAAUAAAGUAGAUAACAAUGGGAAUCGUUAAGUUUAAAUUUUCAAUACAAUAAAUUAUUUUCUACUUAAGAAGUUUUUACUACAUUUUUGGGCCUCAAAUUCUAUUUAUUGAGGUCUUAAAAAGCAUUAAAUCUGACUUUUAAAUGGAGCAAGAACCCUGUAUAUAUUUUUUUUCUAAAUAGCUAAAUAUUUUGGGUGUGGCAUCUAUACUAGACAGUUCUGAUUUAAUGAUUAUAUCUAAUCAAAUAAUCCAGUUGAACAUAGUACAGGGUUCCUGCGGGUCCUUAAAAAGUCAUGAAAGGUUUUAAAUGAAAUAAAAGGGUCCUAAAUUGACUUAAAUUUACUGUAAAUUUGUAAACUAUUGCAUUCCUUAUUAUUUCUGAAUUAUUAUUAAAUGAUUUCAAUCCCUUUGAUGUUGUAAAUGCUUGACAACCCACUCCAACACUCCACAGUGAGUUUAAAAUAAGAUAAUAACCCAGUUUUCUGUGUAAACAUCCUUUAUGCCUUUAAAACACUUAAUGGAUGGCGUUUUUUUUGACAGAAAAGCUAUAUUUUGUCUUGUCUGAC